CGCUCAUCGCCUUUUCUGCGAGCUACUGGAGUGGUCACGUGACAAAUGUGGAACCGCCAUUUUGAGCUCUUGCAGCAUGUCGGAUUUUACCGCAGUUGCGCCGCCACAAUCAAAUAUUUCUGGUAAUUACGAUCCAAGUGCAGCGUUCGCGGAUGCUGUGCAAAGAGCGCGACAGAUCGCUGCAAAGAUUAACCCCCCUUCAAAUUCGGAAGCAGGCAGCAUAACGGGCGGCGGAACCAAGCGGCCGCUAGAAGAUAGCAUGGACAGAAAUGACGGCUCCCCCGACGCCAAGAAGCUGGCCGCCGUGAACGACCCAUUCGGGGCUCAGUUGGCCGCCCUCGCUCAGCAAAGAGGUGGCAUCACAAACCAAGCACCAGCCGUGGAGGAGUGGAGUGUCCCCGAUAAGAUGGUGGGCCUAAUCAUAGGGCGAGGAGGAGAGCAGAUCAGUCGCCUGCAAGCCGAAUCCGGCUGCAAAAUACAGAUGGCUCCAGACUGUGGAGGCCAGCCAGACAGGCCGUGCACCCUGACGGGACCGAGGCACGCAAUCGAGAAGGCCAAGGACAUGAUCAACCAGAUCAUCAGCCGCGGGGGCGACCCCAGCCAGCUGAACGACGGCCACGUGAUUGUGGAGCUGAUGGUGCCCGGUCCCCGGGUGGGCCUGGUCAUCGGCAAGGGUGGCGAGACCAUCCGCGGCCUGCAGGAAAGAGCCAAUGUGAAAAUGGUGAUGAUCCAAGACGGUCCUCAGCAAUCUAUGAUGGACAAGCCCCUCCGCAUUACCGGGGAAAAAAGCAAAUGCGAGUACGCGAAAAGGCUGGUGCUUGACCUCAUCACAGAAAAAGAGCUCGAGAAUGUGCGCCGAGGCUUCGGCGGCGGCGGAGGAGGAGGGGGAGGGGGCGGCGGCGGAGGAGAGUACGGUGGCCCCGGGGGCGGUGGCCCCGGAGGUCCGGGCGGCCCCGGCGGAGGGGGCCCCGGUGGAGCCUCGCAGGAGGUGCUGGUGCCAAAGCAGGCGGUGGGGGUAGUGAUCGGCAAGCAGGGAGACAUGAUCAAGCGCAUCCAGCAGGAGACCGGGGCCCGGGUGCAGUUCCAGCAGCCCCAGGACGACAACGCCCCCGACCGGGUCUGCCUGCUAACGGGGGGCCCCGAGCAGGUGCACCACGCGGCCUCCUUCAUCGGGGAGCUCAUCCAGAGCGUGCUGGCCCGUGACCAGCAGAACAUGGGCCGGGGUCGAGGGGGCCGUGGCCGGGGGGGCUUUGACGGGGGCUUUGGGGGUCCCCCGGGGGGCCCCGGCAUGGGCCGAGGGGGACGCCGGGGAGGAGGGGAUGACAUGCACGAGGUGCAGUACACGGUGCCCGCCAACAAGUGCGGCCUGGUCAUCGGCAAGGGUGGGGAAGCGAUCCGCCAGAUCAACCAGCAGUCUGGCGCCCACGUGGAGCUUUCGCGUGCUCCUCCCCCCAACCCGGUGGAGAAGGUCUUCAUCAUCCGUGGCAACCCCCAGCAGAUUGAGCACGCCCAGCAGCUCAUCAACGAGCGAAUAGGAGGGCCUCCACCAGGUGCGUCGAAUGGACAAGGCCCACCCAACUACCCGACGCAGUACCCGCAGCCCUACCAGCAGCCGCCCCCUCCGAACCAGCCGUACGCUCCCCAGGGCUGGGGCAACGCCUACCAACACUGGCAGAACCAGAGUGCCCCUCCAAAUGACCCCUCCAAGGCGGCGGCGGACGCCAAUGCGGCUGCCUGGGCGGCCUACUACGCCCAGUACUACGGACAGCAGGGAGGCCAGCCCCCCCAGCAGCCCCAGCCCCAACCCCAGCCCCCGCAGGGAGGGGCCCCCGCCCAGGCCAUGCCCAACCAAGCCCCCCAGCAACAGGCUCCCCAGGCAGGGGCACCCGCAGGUGCCCAGCCGGACUACAGCCAGGCGUGGAUAGAGUACUACCGGUCGCUCGGCAUGUUCCGGGAGGCCGAGAUGAUCGAGCACCAGACCAGAGGGAACCAGAGCCAGCAGGGGCAGCAGCCGUUCCCCCAGGGAGGCGGGGCGGGCGGUCCGGCCCCCGGCCAGCCGGCCCCGGGGGGUCCCGCCCCCACAGGCCCUCCCGGGGGGGGCGCCCCGGGAGUGCCCCCGGGCAACGCCUACCCGGCUGCGGGCGGCUACCCCCCGCAGCAGCAGCAGCCGCCCCAGCAGCAGGCCCCCCAGCAGCAGCCCCCCCAGCAGCCCUACGGGGCCCCGGGGGGACAGUAUGCGGGCUACAACUACGCCGGCUACGCGGGGGCACAGUGAGCUGGACUCCGAUUGUUGAGCUGUCCGCCUAGCAGUGCUACCCUCUUGCCCCCUUCAUCCCGUUGAGUCGGAUUUUUGAUGAGAGCGUGCAAUGUGUUGCGUGUUGCCUCUGCCCGGGGGGCGGCGCAGGACGGGCCGCUGCCUAGGGCCCGCCGGUCUCCCCCUCCUUUCACUCUUCUUUUUUUUUUUUGCUUUUAAAUUGCUCUUGUCAUUUCCAAUGGCCCUCAGUUAGGUCUAGGAAGGUGGAGAGGAGUCGUUCACUCUAGGCACACAUAGGCAGACAUUCCGACACAUUGGUCAGGCACGCGGCACGGAGCUAAACCAUUCAACCUUUCUCUUUUCGUAUUUCAUCCCUAGCUUUGCAAGUAAUUCUGAAGCGGGGUUCAAUGUAAACUUGGGCGCCGGUUCGUUCAUUUCCUUCGCUGUUUUAUUAUUUUUUUUUUUCUUCUUUUGCCACCUUUCAAGCAUUGUCACAUUUUUUUUAUUAGUGUACAGGCACUCGUUGAGGAAUUCAUUGUUACCCAAUUCUAGAUUGGCCAUUGGGGCAUUUUUUUUGUUUGUUUUUGGUAUUUUUCAAUAUUUUUUUUUCUCCCUUUUCUUCCCCCUUUUGUACUGUGUGAAAUAAACUUGUACGUGACAUGUGCCCUA